AUGGCGCCUCCUAUACGACUCCGUAGUUUCGGCACUGGUGUCCAGGGCAUCGACUGGACUGACAUGACCAUCAUCAUUGUCUUCCUCUCCCUGGCCCUGUACAACGUUCUCGAACUUCUUUGCAUUAUUUGGGGUACUUUCAAGCGAUAUGCUGGGCUAUACUUCUGGUCUUUCUUGAUGGCGACGAUCGGCAUCGCCUUAUCCUGCAUUGGGUUUUGCAUCAAAUACUUUGGGCCUGCAUCUCUGGGCUACUUUUCCUGUACCCUCAGCCUCAUGGGAUGGGUGUUGAUGGUGACGGGUCAAUCGUUGGUACUUUGGUCUCGACUGCAUCUAGUGCUGAGGAACCAAAAACGUCUGAAAAUAAUCCUAUACAUCAUCAUCUUCAACGGAAUCGUCUGCCACGGUAUGGUCAUCCCGCUGGUUUACGGAUCCUUCUCGAGCCGCCCAGAAAUCUUCGAGCAGCCGUACAAGAUCACCGAAAGGAUUGAAAUCAUUGUCUUCUUUCUCCAAGAGAUGAUGCUCUCUGGCCUCUAUAUUUAUGAGACGCUUAAACUAUUACGAUUAGGAGGUAGCCUUGGAAACAAGCGAUCGAGUCGUCGUCUGCUAAAGAACCUCAUCCUCGUCAACAUUCUCGUCAUGAUCCUCGAUAUAACCAUUGUAUGCCUCGAAUUUGCAAACCUCUAUGACUACCAGAUAUCAUACAAGCCGUUUGCUUACAGCGUCAAGCUGAAGCUUGAGUUCACCGUCCUCAAUCGCCUCGUCGAACUGACAAGCGGGGGGAGAGAAUUAAACUCUAGCGGCCAAAGCGCAUCGUCUAGUGGUCGCAGCAAUAGCAAUGCUUCAGCUGUCUUGGAUACCUUCAGCAGCACCAAGUCGAUUAGCGGCGGCUCGUAUCACGCGUAUGCCAGAGGUGGAUGCAGCGAAAAUCUGCACAAGCCAACACCGUCCGAAGUUGAGAAUGGGAAUAGGGUCAUGAUGACGACUGCCAUCACUGUCCAUCGAGAGAAGAGAUCCCAUGAUCUUGAUGCGCAAUCCAAGAAUUCUUCUGAGGAUUCAACAAGUAGCACAUCGAGGGGGGCAAGUGACGGUAACGAAGAGAAAUCAUCAUCUCAGAUUAAUCUAGCGACGAACAGCGGCUUUUAG